AGGGGGCUCGUGGCCUCCUCGGGCUCCGGAGCGGAGACGGGCGAGCCAUGGCGCUGGGGCUGCAGCGGGCAAGGUCGAGCACGGAGCUGCGCAAGGAGAAGUCCCGGGAUGCGGCCCGCAGCCGGCGCAGCCAGGAGACCGAGGUGCUGUACCAGCUGGCGCACACGCUGCCCUUCGCGCGCGGCGUCAGCGCCCACCUGGACAAGGCUUCCAUCAUGCGCCUCACCAUCAGCUACCUGCGCAUGCACCGCCUCUGCGCCGCAGGUGAGUGGAACCAGGUGGGAGCCAAGGGAGAACCACUGGAUGCCUGCUACCUGAAGGCCCUGGAGGGCUUCGUCAUGGUGCUCACCACCGAGGGAGACAUGGCUUACCUGUCUGAGAAUGUCAGCAAACACCUGGGCCUCAGUCAGCUGGAGCUCAUCGGACACAGUAUAUUUGAUUUCGUCCAUCCCUGUGACCAAGAGGAGCUCCAGGACGCCCUGACCCCCAGGCCGAGCCUGUCCAAGAAGAAGCCAGAGGCCCCCACCCAGCGGUGCUUCUCCUUGCGCAUGAAGAGCACCCUCACCAGCCGUGGGCGCACCCUCAACCUCAAGGCAGCCACCUGGAAGGUGCUGCACUGCUCUGGACACAUGAGGGCCUACAAGUCCUCAGGUCAGCCGGCCCUGGCCGGGAACCCCAGCUCCGAGCCCCCCCUGCAGUGCCUGGUGCUCAUCUGCGAGGCCAUCCCCCACCCGGGCAACCUGGAGCCCCCACUGGGCCGGGGCGCCUUCCUGACCCGCCACAGCCUGGACAUGAAGUUCACCUACUGUGACGAGAGGAUCGCAGAGGUCGCCGGCUACAGCCCAGAUGACCUGAUCGGCUGCUCCGCCUACGAGUACAUCCACGCCCUGGACUCAGAUGCAGUCAGCAGGAGCAUUCAUACCUUGCUGAGCAAGGGCCAGGCAGUGACAGGGCAGUAUCGCUUCCUGGCCCGGAGUGGUGGCUACCUGUGGACCCAGACCCAGGCCACGGUGGUGUCUGGGGGCCGGGGCCCCCAGUCAGAGAGUAUCAUCUGCGUCCACUUCCUGAUCAGCCGGGUGGAAGAGACUGGAGUGGUGCUGUCCCUGGAGCAAACAGAGCGACACUCUCGCAGACCCCUUCAGCGUGGCACCUCCUCUCAGAAGGAUGGCCCUAAUCCUGGGGACAGGCUUGAUACCCCGGGUCCCUGGAUCCUGGCCUUCCUGCACCCCCCUGCCCUGAGUGAGGCCACCCUGGCUGCUGACCCCCGCCGCUUCUGUAGCCCUGACCUGCGCCGCCUCCUGGCACCCAUCCUGGAUGGGGCUGCAGUAGCCACCACCCCCAGCACACCACAGGCCGCCUGGCGCCCCCGAAGUCCUCUCGCGGCUGAUCUCCCAGAUGAACUACUCGUGGGCAUGGAGCGCAUACACAGACUCGGUGCUGCUGGGAAGAACCCUGAGGCCGAGGACACAGAUCUAAACAUAGCUUCGGACGCCGAUGCUCUGGACUUGGAGAUGCUGGCCCCCUACAUCUCCAUGGAUGAUGACUUCCAGCUCAGCUCCAGCGAGCAGCUGCCCAGGGCCUUCCACAGACCUCCAGGGACCGUGCCCCGUCCCCGUGCUCAGAGCUUCCAUGGCCUGUCACCUCCAACCCCUGAGCCCGCCCCGCUGCCACGCUGGGGGAGUGACCCCCGGCUGAGCUGCUCCAGCCCUCCCAGAGGGGACCCCUCAGCUUCCUCCUACACAGUCGGGGCUCGGAAGAGGGCCCUGGCCCAGAGCUCAGAGGAUGAGGGGGUGGACCUGCUGGGCGUGAGACCCCCCAAACGGUCCCCCAGUCUAGACCCUGAAAACUUCCUGCUGCCUCCCGUCAGCCUGAGUUUCCUCCUGAUGGGAGGCCAAGCCCCAGGGAUCCAGCAGGACCCCCACACCCACUUCCUGGACAUGGAUGAGCCUUUGGGCCUGGGCCCCUCGCUGCUCUCUCUCUACCCAGACGAGGAUGCUGCCCAGCCCAGGAGCCACUUCGUACCGGCCGCAGGCCUGGCCCAGGCCCCCUGAGCUCGCGCCUCUCCUGCUUUCCUCCUCACACCCACAGAGGACCUCAGCCACACUCCACACCGGCCUUGAUGCACGGAGCAGGCCUCUCCGGGUGCCCCGCCAGCCUUGGGCCCACCUCAGUGCCCCCUCUGCCUGCACCUUCUCAGGGGCUCUUUGGGGUGGCUUCAGCUCAGUGACCUCUGGGAGGGGGUCUCUGGCCCCCUCCUCCCACUCUCAGGACUUCCUUUGGGGUUCCGUAUGUGGUUACCUCACUCUCCCUUUCUCCCACUGUCUUGACUUUAUUUUGGGGAACUAGGGGUGAGAAGGGUUGGGGUCACAGCUGUGUUUCUGGGCUCUGGAGUAUGGAUAACCAUAAUCACUCUUCUUUCCCUCCCUCUUGUAUUGCCAUUUUUGUUUUUACGGCUUUUAAUCACUAUGAAUUGCUGAGGGUCCAUAAGAACGUGGGACUGUGAUCCUCAGGUGUCCCCGGGGCAGGUGCUGGGUCAGACCUCAUAUCCCAGCAGUUUCUGAGUAGAGAUCUCCCAGGCUGCCCCAGCUCUGUCUGUUCCUUCCAUUCUGGAUUUCCCACUGCCUCCAGCCUCACCUGGAAAAUGACUGUUCAUGGUCUUCCUACUUCAGGGGUAGCCUCCAACUUCCUCUGCUUCCGGACCAUAGAACCUCUGAUGUCUGUUGGUUCUAGACUAUACAACCUUCAGCCUAGCUUGGUUCUACGGUGAGCAACCUCUGACCUUUCCUGGUCCUGGGCUGUACAGCCUCCAACAUGGUCUGCUGUACACCUUACAUCCUUCAAAUCCCUCUGAUUCCAGCUCUUUCUCAUUCUGGACCUCACAACCUCCAAUCCUGCCUGUUUUCAAACCUUACGAGUUUCAAAAAUUGAUGUGAGCUACACCACCUCUAACUCCCUCUAGUUCUAAAGCCUAUGACCACAGAUUCUGUUCGUUCUGGAACUCAGUCUGUAACUUCCUCUGGUUCUAGACCUCCACAACUCCAAGCUUCCAGUUGGUUCUAGUCUUCCUGAUCCGAAGUACACUUGGUUCCAAAUGCAGACCUCCGAAUUUCUAAACCAUUUUGAUUCCAAACCAUAUGAUGCCUCAGUUCAUUCCUCUUCAACAUUCUGCACUCAUCAAAGAGAAGUAACAUGAACUUUAUAUCUAGAUCUUGUAGCCAGUUCUUCCAGAGCCAGAUAACACGAGCCAUUUCUUAGGUUCAGGACCUCAUGACCUCCACCGUUCACCAGUUCUAGACCUUGCAACCUCCAAGGUCCUCUGAUCCCAGAUCUGAUGAUCUGCUCCUUUUCUGCUUCUAGAACUGAGCUGCAAAUGUCUUGACUCUAGACUGCAUCCUGUAAAUUCCCUUGGUUGUACUCUUUACAGUUUCUGAAUCCCUGCGCUCCAGAUGUUAGAACUUCAAAUUAGCCUGGGUCUAGAACUCAGCCUUCAAACAUCUGAUUCCACACUGCCUUAUAAAUGUUAUGACUCUCAACCUUACAACCUCAAUUCUUCUGAUUCUAGAUCUUAUGACCAAAAUCUCUCUGGUUCUGCAGUCUUUUUUUAAUCUAUCAUUCUAUAAAUUUGUCUGGUUCUAGGCCACACAGCUUCCGACUGCCUCUGAUUUUAGGUCUAAAUUCCUCAGGUUCUAAAAUUCUGAUUCCAAAUGCUUCUGAUUCUAAAAUCUAGACUUCAUCUUGUAGAUUCCUCUGGUACCAAAUCUUAUAAACCUUGACACCCCAACUCCAUAGCCCACCCUCCUUAUUCCAUCCUGGGCUUCCUGCCCCACCGAACUUGUCCCAGUUCUUGCCCUGUCUUAAGUCUUCCAAUUCCAGAUUCCCACCCCCAGGCCCUCUGCUUAUGAACUUCCCGCUCAAGCCUCUCCACCUCUUAUCCCUAAGAUCUCGCUGUCCUAGAACCUGACUCCCCACCACAGCCCUCCAGACAUGCACUUAGCUUGACUUCUCCCAGCUGUCUUAGGGGACCUGCCUCCCCCUACACAUUGAAGGCUCACAAUCCAGGAGGUUUCUCCAGCUGCACAGGCUCAUGCACAGCCCCACCUACAUACUUUGGGGUAGGGGAGAUAGGCCAGGACUUCAGCUCUCUACCCUUAGCUAUGUCCUCCUAACCUCCAGCUGCCUUCCAUGAUGGUGCUACCCUUGGUCUAAUACAGGAGAACUGACUGGCCCUUCUCAACCCCUUUACCCCCCCUUUGGGAGGCACCGCUCACUCUGAUCUGUUGGGGUGUGGCCUGUCCAGAUUGGUGCUAUGGGGGAAGGGUCUGAUUCCCCUUUUCUGUGCAGUGACAUGGGCCCUCAUCAGGGGGAACUGUGCUGUGCUAGGGAAGGGGAAGGGACUGGCCCAGCCAUGCUGGCUCUGAAACCCUCUAAUGCCCCCCAAAUAACCAUAAAGACCUCGCCUUGGUAGGCACCAGA